AUGAUUGAUGUUUGGCGUGGUUGCACACAGUCCUCGAAGACUGCCAGUUCUCGGAGUGGAUUCGCCUCUCCAAUCACGGGUUCGACCGGUCGACAACACCUGUGGACCAAUGAAUCGCACUUUCAUGCAGGCGCUGCAGCAGCCCUGGAGCUUUUGGAAGAUGAUACUCAUGGUGACGAGGAUGAGUAUGGCGAAGACGAGACAACCGUGGACAGCUAUGAUGAUGACGGACUUGAAGAAAUAUUGACUGAAAUAUUGAACGUGCUGUCAGGCUCCGUUGGUGUUGGUGGUAAUUUUGUCAAGCCACAAAGCCAUCCCAUGUUUGCUGAGGAUGUUCACAAUAUCGCCUCGUCGUGGCCACAGGACUCGAAGCAGACAUGUCAGCAACAAUCUGUUGUUGUCGCUGCACCACUCGCGUCAGCGAACCCUGUCCCGCAGCCUCAGUCAGAGCCCCAGGAACUGCCUGAGUUGAGUGCCUUUGACAUCGUGUCCGAAUUGAGUCAGAUUGAGACGACCGGAGGCGGUGGUAGCGGUGCUAGUGUUGGCCUCGCCUCGGAUGGACCUGCACCACCACUACCCCCUCCCGCACCACAACCAGCAACAACCGCUAGAACAGAACCCGUGCUCUCUCAAGCACUUUCGGCAAGCCCUUAUUCACAUUCAAUCGAGGGACAGUCCAUGCUUGCAGCGUACCCGCCCCGUGGAAUUAUGUCUCAGCAACAGCGACCUCACUUGUACCUUCAACAACAACAACAACAAGAGCAGCAGGUUGAUUUGAGUGGGAGUAUGGUGGACCCUGGAGUUCCUCCUCCACCCGCACGCUAUCCCGGAUCGAGACCACCAAUGGUCUGGCGACAACCAGUUUCCCACAGGGGUGUUUCGCCAGGCAUCUUGUCGUCCGUUGGAGCAGGAGCAAUGUCACCGAAGUCACGGCAGUCACCAUUGCCAGUUGUGCAUGAUCAAACACCAAUGGCUUUGGGCAGUGGAAUGUUGCCGAGUCAGCAGCUAACGACGAUGCUUCGGCAGGGUAAGCUGUUUCCUACUGUGAGUGUUGCUCGCGAAGCGGUUCGCUUCACUGUGAACAAGCCAUUUUAUUGUUGGUUAGUUGAAUCGGAUGCUCUGUGUGUGUGUGUAAGACAAGUGCUUUGA